GUGACGUCACCGGCUUCCACCUCUUCCGCCGGAGCCGGCGUCUGCUCGGUCUCUCGUCCCGCGCGCUCCUCCCUCGGCCGCCGCCACCGCCGUCGCCAUCGUCGCCAUCGUAGCUCGCUCGCUCGCUCGCCCCUCACCCCUCCUCGCAUUCGCCCGCUUACUGUGUAGUAGUGUCGAGCCAGCCUUUGAAAAUGCCGUCCGACCUGGCCAAGAAGAAAGCGGCAAAGAAGAAGGAGGCGGCAAAGGGCCGUGGGGCCCGGCCCAAGGGCAAGACCAAUGCCGAGGAGGAGCUGACCAACGGCGCGGCUGCAGAUGGCGAAUCUGUUGUAGCACUGGCGGAGCAGCUGGAUGAGAUGGAGCUCAAGAAAGCAGAAGCACGGGCUUGUACAGGCGUUCUUGCAUCCCACCCCAACAGCAUGGACGUGCACAUUAUCAACAUGUCACUCACCUUCCACGGCCAGGAGCUGCUCUCUGACACACAGCUGGAGCUCAACUCUGGUCGCCGUUACGGCCUCAUUGGCCUCAAUGGCACAGGGAAAUCGAUGCUUCUUUCUACGAUUGGCACCCGGGAGCUGCCCAUCCCCGAGCACAUAGACAUCUACCACCUGACGCGGGAGAUGGCACCCAGUGACAAGACAGCGCUGCAGUGUGUCAUGGAAGUGGACACAGAGCGCAUUGUACUGGAAAAGGAGGCGGAGAGGCUGGCCCACGAGGACUCCGAGAGUGAAAAGCUGAUGGAAAUCUAUGAGCGACUGGAAGAGCUGGAUGCAUCCAAGGCAGAGAUGAGGGCAGCACGCAUCCUGCAUGGCCUUGGAUUCUCUCCAGCCAUGCAGCGCAAGAAAAUGAAAGACUUCAGUGGUGGCUGGAGAAUGAGAGUUGCCUUGUCUAGGGCCUUGUUUAUUCGGCCAUUCAUGCUGCUUCUAGAUGAACCCACCAACCAUCUGGACUUGGAUGCAUGUGUGUGGCUUGAGGAGGAGCUGAAAACGUUCAAACGUAUUCUGAUCGUCAUUUCUCACUCACAAGACUUUCUCAAUGGCGUUUGUACAAACAUCAUCCACUUGCACAACCGAAAGCUGAAGGUUUUCACGGGGAACUACGAUCAAUACGUGAAAACCAGACUGGAGUUGGAGGAUCAUCAGAUGAAGAAAUUCAACUGGGAGCAAGAUCAGAUUGCACAUAUGAAGAACUACAUAGCACGGUUUGGUCAUGGCAGUGCCAAACUAGCUCGACAGGCCCAGAGCAAGGAAAAGACCUUGCAAAAGAUGGUGGCUUCAGGAUUAACGGAGCGCAUCGUCAAUGACAAGACGCUGUCUUUCUUUUUCCCGGCAUGUGGCAAGAUUCCUCCACCAGUCAUCAUGGUGCAGCACGUCAGCUUUAAGUACACUGAAGAUGGGCCAUUGAUCUACAAAGCCCUUGAGUUUGGAAUUGACCUGGACUCUCGAGUUGCACUUGUGGGGCCCAACGGUGCUGGAAAAUCAACUCUACUCAAGCUUUUGGCUGGAGAGCUUCUUCCUACAGAUGGCAUGAUCAGAAAGCACUCUCAUGUGAAGAUUGGACGGUAUCACCAGCAUCUGACAGAGCAACUGGACCUUGACUUAUCCCCUCUGGACUACAUGAUGAAGUGCUACCCAGACGUGAAAGAAAAAGAGGAUAUGAGGAAGAUAAUUGGCCGUUACGGAUUGACAGGAAAACAGCAAGUCAGUCCAAUCCGGAGCCUUUCGGAUGGUCAAAAGUGCCGCGUGUGCUUUGCUUGGCUGGCUUGGCAAACGCCACACAUGCUCUUCCUUGACGAGCCUACCAACCAUCUGGACAUGGAGACUAUCGACGCACUGGCAGAAGCCAUCAAUGAGUUUGAAGGUGGAAUGAUGCUGGUUAGCCAUGACUUCCGUCUCAUCCAGCAGGUUGCUCAAGAGAUUUGGGUGUGUGAACAUGCAACAAUCACCAAGUGGAAAGGAGGCAUUCAGGCUUAUAAGGAGCACCUAAAGAAUAAGGUUGUGGACAAUGAUCCCAACCUCACCAAGUCUGUUGACAUGUGAUAAGCUUCUGCAGUGCCAAGGCAUGCAAAGCUUGUACUGUGCUGCCUUCAGCUGAAUUACCUUCAACUGUAACUUAACCAGAAGAAAUGUCUGCACCACCUGUCAUUUUCACCAAAAGUGAAAGAUACGCUUGCCGUUGGCCCCCUGGCCAAACAUCCGAUAUCAAAAGUAGAAACGUUGAACUCCACAUUAUAGAUUGUGCCAGAUAUCUUGAGUGCCCAAAGCCUACAUUAGUGCAUGAAGCUCCUGCACUGUGCCCUGCAUAGCUGCUUUUUAAAAAAGCUGCAAUACAUUAGGACUAUUUGUUAAUAUAAGUCACUGUUUUGUUAUAUUUUACUGUUAUGUAAAUACAUUAAUUAUAUAUCUAAUGUGCUUGACUGAGGCUGUAAACUAGCCUUUUGGCGGCCUAUAAAAUGAAUGACUUCGAUUGAUAACUUAAUCACGAAAUGCCACGUUUUGAACAAUUUAAUUUUCCCCACCAAUAUUUAAGUUGGCAAAGUAUGUCGGUGAGGCUGUACAAUUGGUCUUGCAGACUGCCCUACCAAUGUUUGUGGUAUCAGCUCCUGAUAAUAUUCAAUGCCGAGUGACGACACUGCUGAUGUCAUCAGCUUGGCUCGUGUUUUGCACAGGCUCACCAUUUGCAGUAUUUCAAGAAAUGACCAGUGCAGGAGAACCUAUUGCUCUCCAAUUAUUUUCACUUAAUAUAUUUACUAAGGAUGAAAUACUUUUUCAGAAUGAAAUGGUGAAGUAUGACUUGUGUACAGCCCACUGUGUAUACGAUGUAAUAAAAUAUAGUAGAAAUAC